AUGGGAUGUCACUGGAUAACGAUGCAGAGGCUGGACGGCCUGAGGACAAGGUUGGACGGCACGAGGACGCGCAUGGGACGUCACUGGGACGUCACUGGAGGAUGGUGGACAGGCUCGGACGGCACAAGGACGCGCCUGGGACGUCACUCGGACGUCCUGAGGACGUUUACGGUGGACAGGUUUGGACGGCACGAGGACGCGCCUGGGACGUCACUGGGAAACGAUGCGGAGGCUGGACGGCCUGAGGACAAGGUCGGUCGGCACGAGGACGCGCAUGGGAAGGCACAAGGACGCGCCGAGGACGUCACUGAGGCUGGACGGCCUGAGGACAAGGUCGGUCGGCACGAGGACGCGCAUGGGACGGCACAAGGACGCGCCGAGGACGUCACUGAGGCUGGACGGCCUGAGGACAAGGUCGGACGGCACGAGGACGCGCAUGGGACGGCACGAGGACAACGGUGA